UUGUUGUUUACCAACAUCAGUAUCACUUGUGUCGUCGGUUUGUUUAGUCGUUAAAAUACGUUUACGUUCGAUUUGAGGUUAUCAGGACAGGUUCAAGAUGUAUUGCAAGCAUUGAUAUAAAAGUGCAUUUGUUGUGUUUUGGAAUAUAUUACCCGUUUUAUGAGACAAAAGGGUACUUAUACAUAACCAUGAUCCGUAGAGCUCUAGUCGUCUUAUCGGCGUUGUUUGUCAGCUGUGUUGCUCAGAGGUCACCGUACGCUGGGCGCAGACCUGUAGGUUAUCCCGAAUUCGAUCCCACCACCACCACUACCACACAAUCGGACUUAGGAAAUAGGUUCGGAAACGAAGAUGCAUCGACGCCGUCCACGACCACACAGAGACUGCCGAUCGAAGCCCGAGGAGACGCCGACCUCGUCAGGAGGUUGAGCAAGUUGCCGGUGGACCAGCAGCCCUUCUGGCUCAUCAACUGGCAACACUACGAGACUCACCGCCAGAAUCCCCAGACUUACGAGCUGAAACCCAAUCCGUUUCUAGGAAAUACUGUGAAUAACCAAUUUCUCAGUAACCCCCCAAAUGGGCAGGAUUUUCGGCCAGUAAACUCUCAAAGCUUCCAAAGUUCUGGAGCUGGCAAUUUUCAGUCGCCCGGCGAGCCAGUUUUCGGGUUGGGCAAUUCUCAAAAUGUCCAAAAUUUUCAGCCACUUAUUAAUUCUCAGAAUGGGCAAAAUGGCCGACUAGUCACUCCUCAGGGUCAAAAUGUCAGGGCGGGCAACACUCAGAACGGUCAACAAUUCAGGGCUCAAAACUCUCCAAACGGAAAUAAUUUCCGAGCAGUAAACACGGAGGGCACAAUUGACCAAUUUCUUCCUAGUAACACGGAUACGUUUUUCCGGUAAAUAUGUUUUUUUGUUGCUGAUGAUUUUGUAAACUAAAUAAGUAAGUAUCUAUCUAAUUGUGUAAUUUUCUACAACCAUAAUUUUGUGAUAAUUUUUAAGUGGAACAAGUCUAAGACUGAUCUGAAAUAUAAACUAAAAUAUAUAUAAAGGUA